AUGGCUGAUGAAGAAGAUAUUGAGACCACCUUGAUACCCAGUCUUUACAAACCACCUGCCCUGCUGCCAAUUGCGCAGCUUAGAGAUCAGCUACUCUACACUAUAGAAAUAUAUCCCGUGACUAUCGUUGUAGGUGAAACAGGAAGCGGCAAAACAACACAAAUACCAAAAUUCUUGCUUGAAGCAGGUUGGUGCAGCAGCGGUCAGCAGAUAGCCAUCACACAGCCUCGGCGCAUAGCAUGUACCAGCGUCGCAGCAAGAGUGGCAGAAGAGUUGGGAACUCCACUUGGCCAGAAAGUCGGAUAUAGCAUUCGGUUUGAAGAUGUCACGUCAGCAGCCACGCAGAUCAAGUUCGUCACAGAUGGUCUCCUGCUGCGCGAAAUGCUCGUCGACCCUCUGCUUUCACGCUACUCUGUCAUCAUGGUAGACGAAGCACAUGAGCGUAGCUUGUCUUCAGAUAUUCUACUGAGUUUGUUGAAGAAAGUCCUGAGAAAAAGGGACGACUUACGAGUGGUUGUGAGUAGUGCAACAUUGGAGGCUGAGCGGUUCCUUGACUUCUUCAACCCGGAUGAAGGGGAAAAGGUCCAUGGCAAGAGCAAGGAAGAAUUUGGUUACAUUGUUGGCAUUGAGGGACGCACCUACCCGGUCGAAAUCCAAUAUCUGCAAGAACCAACGAAUAACUACGUUGAAGCUGCCGUGGAUACAGUUGUAAAGAUUCACAAGCACGAAAACGAGGGCGACAUUCUCGUUUUUCUUACUGGAAGAGAGGAGAUAGAUGAUGCAAUUGAUAAGAUCGGAGAUCAUAUUGCCGAAAUGUCUUCAUCUCAGCAAAAACUCAUGCCUCUACCUCUCUACGCCGGCCUUCCUGCAGAAGACCAAAACCUCAUCUUCACCAAGCCGCCGCCAAACACGCGAAGAGUAAUCUUUAGUACCAACAUCGCGGAAGCCUCAUUGACUAUUGAUGGCAUUGUAUUCGUAGUAGAUACAGGCUAUGUCAAGCUCCGCGCAUACAAUGCGAAUCUAGGAAUCGAAAACCUCGCUGUCGUUCCUGUAUCAAAAGCCAGCGCAACACAAAGGGCCGGACGUGCCGGACGAACCAGACCGGGAAAAUGUUUUAGGUUGUAUACAGAAGCUGUGUAUGAAGGAUUGGAGGAGGCCACAUUCCCUGAGCUCGCCCGUUCAAACCUCGCACCAGUUAUUCUCCAACUUCUCAACCUUGGUAUCACAAACGUGGUUCGUUUCGACUAUCUCUCUCCACCACCCUCGGCACUCAUUACCCGUGCUCUGGAUCUCCUCUAUUCACUCGGCGCCCUCGACACCCAUGCCCGUCUGACAAAACCCCUCGGAACGCGGAUGGCCGAGCUGCCCCUCGAGCCGAUGCUUGCGCGCGCUCUUCUGAAAGCCGCAGAUCCGGAGUUUGGAUGUCUGAGCGAAAUGCUCACAAUAGCAGCUAUGAUGACACUCCAAGGAAACACAUUCGUGUCGCAUGAUGGGGGCAAGAAACAGCUUGAUGCAGCGAGACGACGCUUCGCGGUUGAGGAAGGUGACCAUCUCACGUUGUACAAUGUGUAUGAGGCUUUUGUGAAAGAAGGCAUCGGUAAUACGUCGUGGUGCCACUCCAACAAUCUUAACCACAAAGCACUUGUAAAGGCUGUCAGUGUACGCAAACAACUGGCGGCUUAUCUUGACCGUUUCGGGGUCAAGGAGAAUGUGCUCUCAUCAUCUGGCGUGCUGAGGGUAGGAGGAAUACCAAUGGCUGAGCGUGUGAGACGCUGUCUUACAUCUGGCUUCUUCGCCUACGCAGCGAGGAUGAAGGCAGAUGGUAGUUUUACCACUAUUGACGGCAAGACUACGCUCUGGGCGCAUCCUUCAUCUGUAUUCUUCACAAGAAAAGCGGACUGGGUCAUCUACACUGAGAUACAGUCUACGCGGGACAAAAUUUACAUCCGGGACCUGAGCAAGGUGGAUAUGGAUUGGCUGACUGAGUAUGCACCAGAGUAUUACAAGGUCAAGAAUGGAGGGAGAUAA